AUGGACACAAAAGCUAUCCUUCUUUCAAUAUGCGUCGUUUUCGCGGGACACGUUUACGCUACUGAUAUACCGGAAAGGGGGGGAUUGAAUUUCAUUAAGUUGGCGGCCGAUUACGGGUACGUUGCCGAGCAAUACGAGAUCGUCACCGAAGACGGGUAUAAACUCCAACUGUUCCACAUUCCCGGUAAGGGUAAGACACCAGUGUUGCUGAUGCACGGAAUAUUUGAUUCUUCCGACACGUGGAUCGCUAGAGGGAACGCGUCUCUGGCUAUCGCCCUCGCCGAUAGGGGCUACGACGUGUGGGCGGGCAAUUGCAGGGGAAAUAGAUACGGCCGCGGCCACGUUAGCCUCAACCCGGACCUUGACGCAGAAUUCUGGGCUUUCACCUUCCACGAAAUCGGAUACUACGACCUGCCCGCCAUCAUAGACACCGUUCUAAACCACACCGCCGCCGAUAAAGUGGACGCCGUUGGACACUCGCAGGGCAACACAGUAUUCUACGUGCUGGCCUCCGCUAGACCAGAGUACAAUGGCAAAGUGAAUCUCCUGAUAGCGCUGGCACCGGUGUGCUUCUUGAACAAUGUUCCGCCGCCGUUGAGCACGGUCAUUGAUAGAUCGCCGAUGCUCUACGAAAUCGCAAAACAUCUCAACCUGCAAGAACUGUUCCAAGAGAACUCUGUAUUUAUUGUCACGUGGCGAAAGCUCUGCCCCAUCCCGAUCAUAGGUUACACGGCGUGCAUACUAGGCAACGUGUUUCCGAUCAUAGGAUAUGACGACGAAGAGAUGGAGGUAGAUUUCAUCCGAACGCUGGUCGAGUAUUUCCCGAGCGGCUCUUCCACAAAGAACUUGUACCAUUUCGCUCAAGUAGCAAUGAGGGGACAGUUCGCGCGUUUCGACUACGGCACAGAGGCGAAUUUGGUCGUCUAUAAUAGCAGUGCGCCGCUGGAAUAUGAAUUGAGUGCGGUCAGCUUCAAGGUCGCCUUGUUCGUCGGUGCCAAUGAUGGAUUGUCGACCCUCGAUGACGUAGCGAUAUUGAGGCAAAGGCUGCCCAACGUCGUACAAUAUCUUCUCAUUCCCAGGAAAAAGAUGAACCACGCCGACUUCCUCUUGGGGCGGAACAUGGGGAAGUAUCUGUUCCCGUAUAUAAUAGACGCGUUAGAAAAAAAUGAAGGAAUACUC